CAUUUAUACUGAUAAUUUUCACAAUAUUGAGUAGGAACUAUCAACAAUGAAAGCAUAUUUAGUAUUCGGGUUUUUUAUACUCCUUUCAGAUGUAAUCGUCGGGAAAUGUGAUGUUUUGAAAACCUGGGAAUUUGGAUACAAAGAUAAGGUGCUCGUCAAUACAGAGGGCACAAUACCCUGGACGGUGAAAGAAAAACACGUUCCACUCAAUGUCUCGGAUUGUUACGAAUUAUCAUACGUGAAAGUGUCCGUAAAGAACUACCUCUCGACGCCCGAGGUGACGUAUAACAACCGCAAGCAGAUGGUCACCAUCAAGUACCGGCCGCUUGACAUCAGCGAGUCAAAAUAUACCGUGCAAGCGAUGGGCCACGCCAGACCUGACUGCAACCCCGAUCAACCACCUUUACAAGUUUUGACCAAUCUCAAUCCAAAUCCUGGACCUUAAAAUGUAUGUUAUAGUUACCCAUUGCAUUGAAAUGUGUCUUAUUCAGUCUAGCUAUUAUCAAUAUCCAAAUCAAACAAACUAACUUCGUCUUUAUUUGUUCACACUCAUAUCCUUUUCGUUUUAAUGAAGAUAGGACCAUAAAUACAGUCAAGUCAGUUCACUACUUAACUGCAGAAACAUUAUCCGAUAAGUACGUGAUACACUGACCAUGUGGUAUGGAAGUAAUAAUGAAUUAAUGUGAAGUAGACCAAUAAAUAAAUAAACACGUAAAACAAUA